UUACGAAGCAUAUUUUUACUGGGAAUCUUUUGUUUGUUUCUCAAGGGACGUUUUUUCCUGGUGUUCCUAUAAUGAUAGGUGAAUAACAUUUAUUAAUAAAUAAAAAUGUUUAGUCGCUUUACGAACGCACUCUACAAUGCCGUGGAUGCAUUAGCGCCGCCUUUGCCUUUGCAGGAAGAUUUUGUUUGGCAUUGGAAAGCCAUAACAAGGUUCUUCACUGCAAAAAAUGCCUCCAACACUACACCUAUAGAAGUAACUUCAAUUCCUGGCCACUUAUUGGAAAUGCUGUCUAUUGUAGAACAAGAAGAGAAAGAAGUUGAAGUUGGAAAUAUAGGUCCAUGCAUGGAAUACAUAAUGCAGCAUAAAUUAUUGGACACCAUGUGUGUUUUGGCUACGUCCGACACACCUCCUGGGAUGAAACGCCACAUGUUUACAUUUGUGACCAGAUUGUUAAAAAUAAUGCAAGAAUCAUUAAUUCCUCAUGUGAGCAUUUACGUCCCCAUUCAGAACUUCAUAAAAUUAUGUGGAGAAAUCGUUGCCGGUCCAACUGAAAGCGAAGAAAUGGAGUAUUUAUUGUGUGUUUGUAAGAGAAUUUUUGAAAAUCCUCAUUUGGUGAAUUGUUUCCUGUCUAACCCUGAGCCUAGUUCCAGGCGGAGUUCAAUGUCAGAAGCUUCUAAAAGUGAAGCUGAAAAUGAUAAAGAAUUUGCAUUAGUUUUAUCACUUUUAAAGCUAUAUCAGAGUCCAGACAAUGAAAUAUCUCUUAAGGCGAAAGAAUGUCUUAAAGUCUUAUGUUCCUGUGCUAAUGACAUCGCUGCACCAGUUAUUGCAUAUUCUUCCCCCCUAAGUCAUACAUUUUGCCAGUACAUUGUUUUAUGUUUCAAAAACAUCCCUAAGACUAUAAAACUUAGUGACCUAGAAAAUCCAGAUGAUGAUGAUGAAAGUCAUGGUAUAUUGCCAGAUAAACGAAAGUAUUUAUGCUAUCUUCAACAACUGAGUUUUGUAGAUUCUGUAGUCCAAGAUGCUCAUCCUGUGAUAAGUGACGCUUUAGCUUCGUGUUUUAAGUCUGAAUUCUUGGAAACUUGCAUACGCUCGUGUUUCAUCAAAACGGAUAGGAAUGAGGAUUUGUUGUUUGUGACUACCUUGACCGCUAGCUCCCUAAGAAGUAUUUCUUCACAAAAGUUAAAAGAUUCUUUUGGGUCCUUUUUGCUCAGUGAAGACGAAGAAGUAGAUUAUUCAGAGCACCGCUGCCCAACCCUUUUUGAAAUUUUACUCGAAAGGUGUCGUGAUAGUGACGGAAACGUCGCUUUGGCUCUCAGUACUUUACAGCUUUUUGAAGAACUCAUUCUUAAACCAACAGAAGCUAUUUUGUACAAUUUGAUAAUUAAAUAUUUGGAAGGUCGAGGGUAUUACGAUAAUUCCGCCGCAGACAGCUGGCUUCAGUUCUCCGAUGAGGAGACCUGUAGUAGGUUCAGUGAUGACUUUUCACCUGGUUCAUCUCCUCCCAACAAAGUGCAUUCUCCGCCAUUCAUUCACCGAGCAAUCGAGUCAUUUCUUGCAAUUCUUCCGGACGAUUUAAAAUCUUGCGAUUCAGAUGAAGAUUCUGGCUAUGAAACGUAUCUGAAAGAAGCCCACGGACGGUUUAUGAAAUGUUUGACCAUUUGCGAGAAUUUUGAAUGGAAAGAUGAGCUUCCGGAAAAAGACGAUAGCCAUUUGGGAGCCGAGGACGAUUCAAGUUCCGAAUCGCAGCCUGAAGCGGAUUCUGCACGCUGGUCUUUUGAUGAAGGUCCUUUCCUCAGCAUGAUUUUUGAUAAAUUAGAACAAAUGCUGCAGCAGCCUUACGAAAUUAAUCUACAGCUUACUUCUAUUUUAUCUCGAUUGGCUUUAUUCCCACAUCCACUUCUUCAUGAAUAUUUAUUGAAUCCUUUGAUACCGUACACACCUGAUGCUAGGUCCUUGUUCUUGGUGCUCUUUAAGGUUUCAGAAGAUAUUCAGGGAGAUAUUCCGAAUGUCCGAGGUUUUAAAACAAAAAUUAAGUUGACCAGAAAUGCUCUUUUGAGUGAUGGGAACGAGUAUGCUACUUUCGAAGAGUCGAGCAUGUUAGAAGCUAUGAUUGUUCUGGAGGAGUUUUGCAAGGAAUUGGCUGCAAUAGCUUUUGUCAAAUAUCAUGCUUCAUCAUGAUAUUGAAAUUUAAGGUACUUUUCCAGUCUAGGUACGUCACGUCACAAUUUUAAUCUUGGCUAAUUUAUUGGUCAAAGUUAC